ACUAUAUUCGUUACAUGGUUAGUAUUCAGAUAUACGGUAGAAUGUAGCCCUUUUAGAUUUCUUUAACCGUCAGCCAUAGCUUCGGUCUGUACCUUUUACAAUCUGGUUACACCCCUUAUCUAUAUAACUAUAAUAACAAAAAAUUGAUAUAUGUAGAUAUUUAUAAAUUAUAUCUUAUUUUAAUAUCAGUAUUUAUAAGUCAUUAUCAAAUUAAUGUUGUCAGCUAGAUUUUAACCCGUUCUGUAUAUCUUAGUUAUACAUUUGAUGUACAUAUUGUAAAUAAAUAUAACAUGAAUAAAAACGUGUUAUCUGUAGAUUAACCUUAUUAUCAUGGCCAUAAUGAUACAUUUGUAUUUGUUUAUCUAUUUGAACAAAAGUGUCAAACGUACAGUGCAAUAUUUAUCAUAUUUGGCUGUAGUUUAGACAGAAGCUCUCUUUGAGAUAUUUUCCAGCUUACUCUCUCAACAAUGUACACGAUAAACAAAGGAAUAUUAAUUAUAUUGGCAUGUUUCAUCGAAUUUACCAUGUGUCAGCAAUUUAAACAGCAAAAUUUUGGUUACUUCAACAGAAUGAAUAAUGCUAUCAAACUCACCGAAAACGCCCAUAAACGUUCUCCAAACGGUGUCACAGAUUUUCGCCGACUUUUCGGGAUUACCACAACAGAUGACGUAGUUAAUCGCGCGGAAGAGUUAUUAUCUUCUGGAAUACUUGAUAAUCCGUUGUUUGAAGUUAGUAGUUUGUGUUUAAAUCACACGAAACUAUUGAUAAAAGCACUAACGCAGAGGGAAACAUGGGCUGUAAAAAUGAUUGAUUCAACGGGGAAGCCAGGCAGUGAUAUACUUGAAGGAAAUUUCCGUUUUGUUGGUAACUGGGAAGAAUGUAGAGGAGUUCAUGCUGUAGAGAAUGAUACCAAUAUGAUAACAAAUCCGUACACCGGGAAAUAUUGUACCGGAUACAUUCCGAUAGACGCUGCCCAACGUGUUUACGCUCAGAUAGGAAUAUGUUUCCCAGAUUCGUGUAAUGAUGCCGACGCAUCAGCAUUGUUGAAUACAUUACUAAGUACGUUUUCUCUUAUUGGUGGCUGUCAAUGUAAAGAAAACUCACUCGAGUACACAGAUAAAGCAGUCGUGGUUUUUGUGGUUUGUGGUAUUUUCGGGGCAAUCAUCUUUCUAGCGACAGCCUAUGAUGUUGUUGUACAACACUAUCUGUCCAAAAAGCCGACUGGUUAUAAACCGAUUUUGGAGAAUGGUCAGCAUUAUGGAUCAGUCAGUCAAAAGGUCAAUGACAGUAUUUUAACAACCAGUGCAGAUAUCAAAGAAACACGUUUUGAUCAGCGGACAAAAACUCAAAAUCAGGAACCGGUGUACACAUAUUACACACCAAGUAUUCUUGGCAAACUUCUUCUGUCAUUUUCUGUGUACACAAAUGCAGCCAAAAUUUUAAAUACCAAUCAACCAGCGGCCACCUUGACCAGCGUGAAUGGUAUCCGCUUUAUAAGUAUGACCUGGGUCAUUCUUGGACACACCUACUACUUUGGUCUUGGACAAGUCGAGAAUACAGCCACGUUGCUGCCAAACCUCUUUUCGAGAUUUACGUUUCAAGCAAUUUCUAACGCAACUGUCGCCGUCGAUACUUUUUUCGUUCUGAGCGGAUUAUUAGUGUCCUACCUAUCGCUACGGGAGAUGGAAAGGCGUGGAAGUGCUCUCAAAUUUAAUUGGAUUAUGUUCUACUUUCAUAGAUUCUGGAGGUUAACCCCACCGUAUAUGUUGUUUUUAAUGGUGUAUGUCCCUACAUUUAAAUACUGGGGAGACGGUCCAUUCUGGCCACAACAAGGUGUUGAGACGAAAGAAUGUGAAAACACUUGGUGGACCAACAUUCUUUAUGUUAACAACUUUGUUAAAACAGAACAAAUGUGCAUGGGCUGGAGUUGGUACCUUGCCAAUGACAUGCAGUUCUAUAUUCUUAGUCCAAUGUUGCUGAUACCUUUGUACUACUCGCCAUUGUUCGGAACUUUGUCCUGUUUGGCGCUUGCCCUUGUCAACUUUAUAAGUGCUGGUGUUAUUUCUAAGGCAAACCACAAUGAAGUUGGCGGUAACCAAGAUGGUAAUUUUUCUGACAUAUACAUCAAGCCAUAUACCCGUGUUGCACCAUAUGUUGUCGGAUUCUACACUGGCUACUUAUUGUACAAGACCAAAAAUAAUGUUAAAAUUCCCAAGGUCGUAAAUAUACUUGGAUGGGCUGUGGCCACAACCUUUGCAAUGCUUUCUCUAUACGGGGUAUAUUCUUCUGACACCGGAACAAAACAUCUCAACGAAGAUGUUUCAGCGUUCUACUAUGCCACAUUCAGAACGGCAUGGGGAUUGGCCAUAGCAUGGGUUAUAUUUGCGUGCGCAACCGGAUAUGGAGGACCAGUUAAUUCGUUACUCUCGUGGAAAGGCAUUAUACCACUCAGCCGUUUAACGUAUUGCGCAUACUUGGUUCAUCCAAUUGCAAUGUACCUGUACUACCAAAGUCGUAGAAGUCUUAUGCAUUGGUACGAUCUCGAAAUAAUAUAUCUGUUCUUUGGUAACUUGUGUGUAUCGUAUGCAGCCGCGUUUGUUGUUUCAUUGGCAUUUGAGUCACCAAUGAUGGGACUGGAAAAAGUGUUGUUAAAAAGGAGCAAAAAUAGUUAAAAGGGAAAACGACAAAUAAACAAUUUAGUAAAUUAUUCUGAUCGGUAUAGUUUACUAAACCAAAGAGGAAAAGAGGAAACUUUCUCAUGUUUAAUCUCAAUUUAUCAAAAAUGUAGAUCUCUAUGAAAUGAGAAAAAGGGAUUUUUUCUUAUGUAAAAUGUUGUGAAAUCAAUGUAGCAAACAAAACUAUAGACAGUCAGUAACACAAUCCAUUACAUUCAACACUUAGUAAUUUGACGACCUAAAAACAACAAAUCAGAUAAACAUCUCAUAUUAUUUCUAUUCUUUUACCAUCUUUUAUUCAGUUUCCAUACAAAACUGUAAAUAAAUAGUAUGUUACAUUUUAAAUUCAUUGUCCAUACUUCGAAAUAUGUAAUUAUCCAAAAUGAACACGAAUGACACCUUUAUCCAACGAAAGAAUGAAAUUUGAAAAUAAAACUAAGCACUGAGCUUAAAAGCGUUGUUAUGAUUAGUAUAAUUUUGGUAUGAUAUUGUUAUGUAUUUGGUAUGACUAAAACAUGUCGCCUUACAAUGCGUGUUCAUACGUUUUAA